CCACGUGGGAGUAGGAGCGAUGGCCAUGGCGGAGAGUCAGCCUGGGUCGCCUGCCUCAAUAGACCUGGGGGAGAGAGUGGAAGCAGAUCUGCCAGCAGCCCUCGGCCUCUUGAAAUCCCUCCAAGAACAGGUGGUUGCGGUGACCCAUCAUGUACAGACUCUGGCGCAGAAGGUUCGGGCAGGGGCCUACCCCACCGAGAAGGGCCUCAGUUUCUUGGAAGUGAAAGACCAGCUGCUGCUCCUCUAUCUCCAAGACCUCUCUCACGUGAUCCUGGAAAAAACUUCGGGGAACUCCAUGGUUGACAACCCUGCCUUACUGCGCUUAGUGGAAACCAGAACGGUCUUGGAGAAGAUGCGUCCCAUUGACCAGAAGUUGAAGUACCAGGUGGACAAACUUGUGAAGGCGGCCGUCACAGGGGCACUGGGCGAAAACGACCCGCUGCGGUUCAAGCCGAAUCCUGGCAACCUGAUGAGCAAGCUCGACGACUCGGAGGAGAGCGAAGAUGGAGAAGCUGCUGGUGGCGCAAAGAAUUCUGGGAAAGGGGCGUCUAAAGGAGGGAGCAGGAAAUACGUGCCGCCCCGCUUGGUUCCUGUACAUUAUGAUGAAACGGAAGCCGAGAGGGAGAAGAAGCUUCUGGAGCAGGCCAAAAAGCGAGCGCUCAGCAGCUCCAUCAUCCGGGAGCUGAAGGAGCAGUACUCGGAUGCCCCGGAGGAGGUCCGGGAAGGGCGCUACGCUCAUGCCAGCCGGCAGAGCCGAGAGGAUGAGCACCGGACGAACUACGAGGAGAGCAUGAUGGUCCGUCUCAACAUGACCCGGAAGGAGAAGGCGCGCCGUAGACGAGUGGGGCACCUGGGCUCGCAGCUCAGCUCCCUCACCCACUUCGGGGACAUCACCGCGUUGACCGGAGCAGCAGCCCCAUUGGGAGAGGAUUCGGGCCCCCAGAGGAAGAAGAAGAAAAAGGUUGGCAUGAAACGAGGAAAGCAGAAAAGAGGUUUCCGCAAGAGGCGAUAACCCCCUCACAGUACUCUGGACCGAUCUCUGCAACCCCCAGUAUCUCGGGAUUUUUCACCUCCAUUAGAUUUGGUAACAAUAAAGCUCAAGCGCUCGUUUCUCUUUUCCCCUGUCGAAAAAAGAUUUGUCGUGUU